GCCAUGAAAAGACGAGCCUUAGCCACGAAACAGAAUGCAAAGGAGCCGCAAGUGCUGACGAGAAACCGCUCCAGCACUGCUGUGAAAGAGACGGUUGGAGCAGUAAAUGUGACUAAUGGCGAGAAGAGUGAAAGAGAAAACGAUAAGGAAAAUGCAGUGCCGUCUGUUUCGGGAAAAACCAAAAUGCCACUGCGAUCCAGACAAGGACAAACGAAAAAGCCAACUCAGAAACAAGCCGUGCGAAGUGCCAAGAAAAUAAAUGGCAACGAUGAAAGCCGCGAGACAGAAAAGGCGAAAAUGGUUGAGGGGAAAAAUGUUGCAAGAAAACGAACCAGAAGCAGUUCGGCCAGAAAUCAGCAAAAACCACCAUCUAAAAAGGCUGUCACGAUGAAAGAGGAGCCAGUCAUGAGUGCAGAUAACAACUUGAAAGAAGAACUUCAUGGGACUGUCGUGACUCGUCGAAGAAGUCUUAGACUCAGAAGGUCUCAAGAGGAAACAACCAAUAGUUCCGAUCCCGACACAACUUUGACUAACGAAGGUCAGGCAGUGAAGACGGAACCAAAUGUUUCAGAUGGCUCCAAAAAGUUAUCUGGUAAAACAGACGAGCCAUCAGAAAUUUCAUCGGGGACAGUUAAAUUCGAAGAUGAAGAAAAUACACAGACAGAUAUUAGUAAAAUCUCAGAAGCGAGCAUGUCGCUAGCCCACCGACUAGUGCGCUCCAAGAACUUUAACGGCAACUUAGACGAAAGGACCACUAUUGGAGUUUCCAGUCAAAGUUCAGUUUCAGCUUGUAGCUCGACUCUAAGCAGUCCUGCGACUGUGAGUUCUAAGGACAGUAGUUGUUAUAUACCCAGUAGCAGUGAUAGUGAAAUGAGUGUAGAGGCGGAAGCAGCGAAAGAUAGAGCAGUUCAGAUGAUAGUUCGCGAAAUGGAUAAGAUAUUAGAAGAAAAAAGAAGCGAAAAGUUUGAGGCUGACAGAGCUAAACACUUGGCGAAACUGAAAGAAGCCGAGUUAGAAAAAGAAAAACAAAUGGAAAAUGAACGUUUGGAGUCUAAAGCUGAGUUGCUGCCAGUUCCGAGAAAUGCACUGUUUUUGAAAUACGACAAAGAUAACAUUUUGGAGGAUAAAAAUAAUCCAGCUUACAUGCACGAUGUCUUCAGCUACCUCAAAUCAAAAGAAGUUAAUUAUGCAAUUGGAGAUUUCAUCGCCAAGCAGCCCCACAUAACGACGAAGAUGAGAACCAUUUUGUUCGACUGGUUCAUCGAGGUGCAAGAGGCCUUGGCGCUGAACCAUGAGAUUAUUUAUCACGCAUUCAAAAUGUGUGACAUGUAUCUGACGAAAAAGCAGAUUUUGAAGACGAACUAUCAGCUCCUCGGAGUCACUUGUCUAUUCAUAGCCACUAAAUAUGAUGACAGAAUACCAGCACCGAUGACGGACUUUCUCGACCUCUGUGGAAGUACAACCUAUUUUGAGGAUGACCUGAUCAGACUUGAGCAGGACAUCCUGCGAAGGCUCAAGUUCGAUAUCGGAUACCCUCUCUCAUACCGCUUCCUCAGAAGGUAUUCGACUGUGCAGAACAACAAUUUCACUGUGCUGUGUCAGGCCCGCUUCUUUCUGGAGUGUAGCGUGCUGGAGUAUGCAUUCUGCAAAUACAGAGAAUCACUGUUAGCGGCCGGAUCUCUCAUGCUGGCUCAUUUGACCCUCGGAACUGGCACAUGGUGUAAAGACGUAGAAUACGCCAGUGGGUACAAGAAGGAGGAGCUGACAGAUAUCAUGCGUCUGCUAAAUGACAACACUAGGGUGCUAGUGAACCUGUUCAAAAACCAGAAGCGUCGCUUCAACAUUGUCCGCAAGUACACAUCACCAUUAUUCAAAAACGUGGCUUCAAACCCUCUAGUGGACAAUAAACUCAUUAUCGAGGCCACUUGCGCCUCCAAGGGGAACUCGUGAUGUGCCUCCUACCAACAGAAUCGCCUUUAGCAACCCUUUAGGGAAAUUGCAUCUUUUUCAUGUGCAUCAAUCUUCAAACUUAUCUCUCUGAAUGAUCUUUGAGUUACUUGAUAUGAAUUGUAAAAGUGCACUCAUUUAAGUUUUAACGUGUAAUGACUAUUUUAUUGUGAUGUGCCUUCAAAGAAACAACGUCUAAUGACUAUUUUAUUGUGAUGUGCCUUCAAAGAAACAUGUUUCAUCUUUUUUUCGCACAACGUGAUGAAAACUUGUGUAGUUUGUUGUUGUUGCUUGUUUUAAACCCCAUAUUUGUGAAGCAAUGUAAAAGUAGUUUGCUACUCUAAUGAUUAUCAGAAUUUGUGCUGUGUUUUGCCUUUUCAGGCCGUUUUAGAAUGCAAUCAGUUUUAUCAUUCCCUUUUUACAUUGGGCCCGAAAUAACUUAGUGACAAUGAACGAAGUCAGUUUUAGUUUAUUAAUAUAUACCGAUUUUUAAGCUUUCAAUGGCCUUUUAUGGUUAGUAUCAGUGGCGGAUUUAGAAGAGCGGCGGAUGCCCCCCCCCCCCACCCUCAGGGAUUCGACCCCCUCACCAACCAAAGGGUCACCCCUUUGGGUUAUUUUAUGACAUCCAUUUUAGGCCGACCAACUCUAAAUUUUUUCCAAGGGCGCCAAUCAAUAUAAACUAAUUUUGAAGAGGAGCGCGCGCGGUAUUUUGGAUGUUUUUUCAAAAUUUCGCCUGUGGUGCAAAAAUUUUUGUCAAAAUAGGCUCUUUAAAGUGUUCCAGGAGCGUUCGGAAAAUCAAUUUGGUCGACCUAAAAAAAAUUUCGACAAACUUUUUGAAAAUCCACCCCUGGUUAUUAUGGUCUAUGGCAUAAUUUUUUCUAAGUAGAUUAAUUUAAGCUCAAUGACAUCUUGGUCACGCUUAAUAAAGAACGUGAAUAUUAAAAGUAUACAUCUGAUGAAUUCUAUAGGAUAAAAUUAUUUUCUGAAUUCAUUAGCACUCAGCGAACAGCCGUUAGUCAUGUUCGCUGUUCAGUGCUAUUUCAAGAAUAAUUGCCAAAUAGUCCACGCAACUUGAAUCUAACUAUUAAGAAUUAAACUAAUUUCUUUUUAAGAGCGAGUUUUAGCCCUUUCAAUGUUUUACUUUACAGGUGCUUUAUAUGAUAUUAAAUAUAAAUAUUUUGCGACAGUUUGUUCAAAUUAACAAACCGACAUCUUGUCUAGAAACAUUGCUUAAAAGUAAUAAUUUUACCCAAGUGAUGCUACUGGAAAUGAUUUAUCCGUUUACUUUGUCUAGUAUUUGUUCGUGGAAUUAAUUAGUAAGUUUUAAUUUGAUUGGUUUAAUUGAGUAUUCUACCAAGUUGA